AUGGACGCACCGCCGACCAACCCUCCGGCACAUCCCCCCAGCCCGUCGGGCGACGGCGGUUCGACACACGGCUCGCCCCGGUCGACUCAUUCGACCCCUCGAUCGAUGCGAUCGACGGCCUCCCGCCAUGCCGCGGCUUCUUCCGACGCUGCCCGCCGAAUCGCCCGCCUAGAAGAUGAGCUGGCAUGCGCCUACGCUUCCCGAUCGACUAUGAUCCGCGACCGGGCGCGCCAGGACGACACCGGGCGCGAGCUGACCGCGAACCUACACGACUUGGAGCGCCACCGCUGGGCUGCUCAGGGUCAAGGUCUGCAGCUGAUCCAAGGCCUCCGGAAUCAGAUAGUCCAGCAAGCCGCCGAGAUCCAGGAUCUGGAUCGUCGGCUGACGCACGGUCAGGCUCAUCUCGCGACUGCUAGUGCCGAUCGUGAUCGACUGGACCACCAGCUCGAUCUCGCCACGGCGGACAUUUCGGACCUCCGAUCGCAAGUUUCCGAGCAAGAGCGCGAGCUGGACGAGGUAAACCACGAGCUGGACCUUACACGCGGUAGCAUCGAUCGGGUCCAGACUGCCCUUCGGAUGGCCGAAACAGCCGCGGCCACUCCGGCCGCUCCAACCCCGACGCCUCCCACCGGACCCACGCCCGACGUCGAUCGACUGCAGGCCGCCCUCCGCCAGGUGAAUGAGGAGCUGGAUCGGAUGCGUACCGCCCGAGAUACCGCGAGAGACCAAGCCACCGCUGCCGUGAAAGACGUCGAUCAAGCUCAUCAGGACCGCGACGUUGCGCUCCGAGAGAGCGCCGAUCUCCGAUCGUGUCUCGAAAGCGCGCAACAAGUGAUCCGCGCCCAAGACGCCCAAUUCAUCGACGGCCAGGACGCCUACACUAUGUUGCGGCGCGUCAGCGAUCGAUCCAACGAGGAUCUCGAGAAUGUGGCCGACGCCUUAUCUCGCGUAGUUCGGUGGAUUGGACUUCGCCAGUGCGCGCCGACCACGCCUGUCCGUCGUAGCCGCAGUCGUUCCGGAUCUCCGGACUCCGUCAGGCACAUCCACAAACGUGACCGAUCGGCGCCUCCACCACGCAGUCGGUCUACGAGUCGAUCGCCCGCUCGGUCUCCCUCACCUUCCUUUUCGUUACCCGGCCAUGACGAUGAACUCCCUGCUGGGGGUCAGCCUGCCGAAGAUCAACCCGCAAAGAAGGUGCCUGCUGCAGAUCAACCGCCUUCCGAUCUGAACGAUCAAGAGGGAUCGGACCAAGAAGAGUUAGGUUCGCCCCCUCGAUCUACGCAGGAAGACCGGUCGGAAGAGGAGGAGUCGUCUCCGGCCCGAUCCGCGGCCGGCGAGGAAAAUUCCGAAUCGGAGGGGCCCGGUCAAGAGACCGACGAAGAAGAAGACGAGUCGGAGGGGUCUGAUCAGGAGGCUCUCGCAGCCUUAGCUCGAUCCCGAUCGGAGGCUCGCCGCCGUCAAUCUGCCUUGCCGGCCCUCCCGUCAUGGCUCACCUGGACCGACGCCUCCGGGAUCCCCGCCUGGUUCCCCACCUGGAUCGCCGCCGCCCGGUUCUCCGCCUGGAUCGCCGGGGCGUCGUCCUCUGACCCCUGGCCUUCGAUCCUGCUGGGACAGCUACAGAUCACCGGCAUGAUCCUGUCGACGCUGACCCACCAUCUCCACCUACCCGGGGGCUGGCUCUUCCCGCUCGUCGUUCGGGGCAUUGCACAGCCUGCGGCCGGGGUUGGCUAUCGAGACGACCUGAUCACCGGACCUAACAUUACCGCGCUAAUGGCCGAUCGCCCCUGGCAGGCGCUGCAGAACCCGGCCGAUCCGUUGACUUUCGAUCUGGCACUCCAUCGAGGCGCCGGCGCCCGAUUGGGUCGGAUCGCCACUGCCUAUCUUCCGUUCGAAGAGCAGAAUCGCCAGGCCUUCUGGGAAACCACUCAUUAUCUCCCGAUCACGGGCGCCCAGCGUUGGGAUCAGAUCGUCGAGCGAUACCAUCGCGAUCGUCGUGCCCGACGGAUCUGCCUCGGUGAUCGGUGGCGCCGACUCCUCGUCGAUAUGCUGCCGAUGAUGCGAGAGAUGUGGGCAGACGUCGAUCUGUUGCUGGGCCCAUUCUUCCUGCAGAUCCCGGUGCGACAGCGGGACGCUGUGACCUGGUAUCCUGGCGUGGUAUCUCGCGCUGCGAUCAUCGGCAACCCCACCCAACACCAUGCCGAACCGACUGACCUCCGAACGGCCCUAAUCGAGGCCGACACCCAUGUUCCCUGGCGGAACCAGUACCGCGCCCACCCCCAGAUCCAUCCAGCCCAGCGGAUCCCGCGUCUCCGCAACAAGUUCAACCCCAACGUCAGCGCCCAACACCAGCCGUGA